AUAAUUUUUGAAGUUUGAAAAAGGUGCCCCAAGACUGAUCAAAAUGGCUUAAAACUUCAAUAUAAAAUCAAAAAUUUCGAUUAAAACUGUUUUUAUUGAGAAUUUUAUAAGAAUUUGGAUCCCAAAAUUAGAUCAUGAACUUUGAGCUCAAAAAUCAUUUUUGAUUACUAUUGAAGAAUUUUGAGCUCAAAAUUUGGUCACGAUUAUCAAGAUUUCUGCAAAAGGGGGAGAUCGACUUAUCAAAAUAAUACGAUAAAAAUUUGACAGAAAGUCAAAAGCUUCCGUUCCAUCAAAACAUCGCUUGACUACCUACUUUGAAGAAUUUAAACACAAAAUUGGGGUACGAUUUUCAGGAAUUUUCAGAAAAGUGCAAUGAGACCGAUCAACUAAGUUUGAAUAUUUGAUAAAAAGAUUUUUUGAGCAAUUCUGAAAAAUUUGGAGCUCAAAAUCUGAGUACGAUUUUUGGGAUUUAAAAAACAGUACAAUAAUUUAAACGGGAUCAAAAUUUUAAAAAAAAUCAAAUUCUCAAUCUAAACUCUUUUUGAGCAUCUUAUAGAGAAUUUUGAGCCCGGAAUUAAGUUGAAAAAUUUGGGCACGUGCCAUUUUUAAAUGUUGUGGUUAUUGGGCUCCAGUCUCGUUGGGCCGCUGCGAAAUUCCAAAAUAAGUAAGUAGGAUAUAUUUUUCUCUGACAUUUUCAUUUUUCAACCCAUUUAGGAAAAAUCAUCUGAAUUUAUUAGUUCUUGAAAAUUCCUGCCAACUGAACACGUCUUGUUUCCGAUUGAUCUGUAGAAUAAUUAAUCAUUGAUCAAUCCAUCAAAUUAGUCUAAAUCAUAUUGUGGAGUUGACGAAAUAGGUAUGAUCAAAUGCAAUAUCAUAAAUGUUCGGUUAAUAAGUACCUCUGUACUUACUGUAGGUACAUUCAUAAAUCGAUAUUCGAUGGUAGAUAAAAUUUUAUUAUAUGUUUGAUUACAGCACGACCUAUUUGAAUUGUACCUAUCAGAUGAUAAUCACCUUCACUUAAUCAUAUUUGAUAGCGUGUGUUCGGUUACCUCCACACAUUUUUUGGCUCAUUAAUCACCAAAUUUUCAGUUUUUCGCAUCAGCUCGCACAUUUUCGAAAACACUUUUGAAAAUUUGUGGGGAAAAAAUCGUACAUUUUAUCAAAUGUAUUGGAUAGGUGCACAUUUAAGCUUAAAAAUUAUUGUUUUUUUUUUUUUUUUUUUUAAAUGAAGAAUCACGAUUUUUUUUUGAUUUAUUGAUGACAAUUUGCUACCUACGUAGCUGAAUGUGGAGAUGGGUAAUUUGAGCAUUGGAGCAUGGGUUUUUCCAAGAACUUGAACUCGACAAUAAUUCAAGUGAUUUCUUUUGAAAAAAUUAGGUAUAAUCUAUCUCCUGUUUUGUUAAGCGCCGUGACCAGCAUAUUGCAGCAAAGUAUACAGUCAAAUUACAGCUUUUUUAAAUCUACUUUCCGAAUAUAUAAUCACUAAUUACGUUUUUAAAAUUUCGUUUUUGUAUUACAAGCGUUUAAAGUAGGGUCAAAAUUUAUGGCCAAACUAAGUAGAUUGUAUCAUUUCGAACCCAUUUGUUCAUAGUCACCGCGAAUUGGAAUAAUCUACAUACAUAGGAAAAAUGUUCACCUUGCUGUACGUACCUAUGUUAACAAAAUUUAUCGUAAGUUAGAUGUUUGAUCAGGUGUUCGGCAACGUCGGUCGAAUUUUUUUUUUGGUUUAUUUGGAGGCAAACAAAGAAUUCUGCGCAUUUGCUCUCGCGCUAACUCGAUACUUACAUGUAAAUUUUUAAUCGUGUUCGUGCCUGUAUCAUGUCCAAAUCGAAAAAUUUCGCCAGUUUUUUCAAAAUGAUAACCGUCGAACCGACCUUUCUCUUGUACUGGGCAGUUUACGUAAUAAUAGAUGCCACCAAUACCAACCUACUGCUGCAGAAAAAAUGUCGACUCAGCGCCAUCUCCGAACCUGACCUGAACACAGCCUGCGACGAUGAAAAAAAAGGAGUACUUUUCGCCACCGAAAUGAAUUCGUUUUAUCGUUUCUUGAUGUUAUUCAUCUGUAAAUUCUGCGCGGUAUUUGCGGUUUCUUGGAGCGACCUGGCUGGAAGACGCCGAAGACCUUUGAUUCUUCUACCAGUAAUUGGUCAAAUUAUCCAAGCGAUGUUUGGCUGUUUGCAUUCAUAUUUUUGGUAUUGGGAUCCAUUAACGGCUAUGUUAUCGAAUAUCGUAAUCGAAAUGAUGACCGGAGGCAUUACGUUGAUUAUUUUCGGGGCACAAAUGUACGUUUGCGAUGUAUCGUCGAUGGAAAGUCGUACAAUGAGACUGGGCUUCCUUUCAGCGACUCGAACUCUGGCUGAUUUAUUGGGAUAUGGUGGUAGCGGAUUCAUACUCCGAAGUAUUGGAUUUUUUUACACGUAUUUGGUGUGUUUCACGGUAUCCGUUAUUUCGUUGAUUUUGGCGUUGGCUUUGGUUAAAAAUAUUUCAACUCCGGUUGAUGAAAAGCCACGGAUUUUGGAUGUUUUCAAUGUAAUGAAAAUCGUCGAUAGUUUCAAAUUGAUAUUCAAAAAGAGCCUAGGCCAUAAGAGAAUGAUCGUCUUUGUAUUGCUGGUCAUUUAUACUUCGGUGUUUUUCACCACUCAAGGAGAGAAUGGUAUUUUAUACCUAUUUUUGAGGUAUAAAUUUCAUUGGGAUGAGCGUAAAUACAGUUCGUAUGUUUUCUAUCGAUAUAUCGGCGUUAUUAUGGGUAGCAUAUUUUGUUCUGUUGUGCUGAGUAAGAUUUUGAAAGUGCAUGAUGGAAUCAUUGGUGUAUUUGCUGGAUUAUUUGAUACAAUAGCCGUUCUUGGAUACCUAUUUGCUAAUCAAAACUGGCAUCUUUAUAUUGUUCCAUUAUUUGAUAUUUUUCACGGAACUGCUCUAUCAGUAAGCUUAUCAUUCAUGAGUAAAAAUUAUGAAAGUCACGAACUUGGUCGUUUGAAUUCUGUUAUCGGUAUAUUUGGCCUAAUAGUACCAGCUUGUCAUCCAAUCUAUAAUGGAAUUUUUGAGAAAACUUUGGAUGUAUUUCCUUCGGCGUUUUUCCUGUUGAGUAUUUCUUUAGAUACAAUCGUUGUUUUUCUGUAUUGUGUGACGUAUUAUGUCAGUCGAAAACUAGAAAUACGCGAGAAAGUCAUCACCGAGGAAGAAGAAAAACAAAUGCUUGAUCGAAAUGAUAGUAUUGAUUGAAAAUCCAGAGCCUUUAUUAAUCUUUUCUUCGAAGUUAUGCCGAAGUAUUUUUGAGCAGUAGAAUUUCAAACCCGUCUUAUUGAAGCUCUGAACGUUUAAUGUGAAAUUCCCAUGUGUUGGUUAGCGAAGAAACAUCGAAUAAGUUCACAAAAAAUUGGUAGCAUCGAUGAUUAUAAGCAGUACACUUACCUAAAAAUUGUUUUUAAAAGUUGGUGUGGUGUUUCAAUGUAGAUAUAUUUAGGUAUCACACAAAUUAAUGAAAUAUUCAUUGUAUGAACUACAUAGUUACCAAUUUACAAUAGAGACUACCUACUUAAUAAUAUAGGUAGGUAUAUAAAAAAAUGAUCGUAAUGAUUUAUUAAAACUUACCUUGAGUUUAUAAAAUCAGAUCGAGGGGUUUUGGGGGUGGAAAAAUAGCUACAGUAGAUACACAUAAUCUUCAAAUUAUUGACAGAAAAUAUGUGACGAUGUCUCAACAUGAAAUAUGCUUAAUGGUAAAUUUUGCUAGAUUUUAUAGGGUACCAAUAAUGUUCAAGACAAGAUAGAUUUUACUUAUGUAAUAGUGCGAUUAGGAAUUACUAGGUAAGUACACGCUGACUCGCAUUAUCAACUGCAUUCCUGAAAUAAUUCGUAUAAAAAUUUAGCAACGGAAGCAGAGUUCAUCUCACAUUCUCAAAAAAUUGAGCUAACAGUGCGAUAUUCAAAAUCAGUCCUUGUCGAUAAAAAUUAGAUUAAAUUUAAAAACACCUUACUCUAGAUACACAUAUGUUCUCUUGCCAUUCGUGAUGUUAAUGGUCUCUGGUCUCUGUGUAGACCGAAACUCGUCCCACACUAGUGUUUUUAAUAACAAAAAUGUUUCGUGCAGUAAAAGGUGUUUUUAAAUUUAAUUAAAAUGUGCGAAAAAGGAAAACAACACUAUACGUUCGAUAAAAAUUUGCAUAAAAAUAAUUGAGCCUGCACCAGUAAGUGACCGAGAUUGUUCGCGAAAUAACGCUUUUCUGAAAAAUAUGUAGUUUCGCGCGCCUAAUUAGGUACCACCGAUGUGCCAAACAAAGAAAUCAUAGUUUCAAGAUGCCCGCAUAAUUUCCAGUAAACUCGCGUUUAAUUAAUUGAGUCUACUUAAUUUAAUUUUGAAAAGUGAUCGUUAUUCGGGUACCAUAACAAUUAGUUAUUAUAAAAUGUUAUUCGCUAGCGAUGAAACAGAUUCAAUUUAUUUACCUAUCAAGUAACUAUUAACUACAUAUUGUCUUUGAAAAACCAAAAUGCCAAACCAUGAACCAUAUUGUGGAGUCGAAAUUCAGAAAAUUCGUGGCUAUUAUGACGUGAAUAUAUAUACAAACAUCACCAUACCGAUAUGUUUGGCAGGGAUGAUCUUGAAUCUACUCAACAUAUUGAUAUAUACAAGGAAAACUAUGAAUUCGCCUCCGAACUUGAUACUCGUCCAUUUGGCUGCGGCAGAUUUUUUAUAUUUACUAGAAAGAAUUGUACAUGUGUGGAUGAAGUUUAUUCUACCUAACAGUGGUAUUGACCGAAAACAAUCUUACGCAUUGACAUUACUUUAUUUUUACAACAAAACUUCGCUAGACACGUUUCAGUUUAUAUCUGCAUUUUUGACAGUGCAGUUGGCUGCAUGGAGAUACAUAGCUAUAGUACAUCCGUUGAAGGAACGUCAUUGGUGCAAUCAGAAAAUCACUCGUAAUGUUGUGAUCAUUGGAUAUAUUGUGGGCUGUGUUUUGUCAGCUUUGCCAGAUUAUUUGUCAUCUGAUGUUGAAAAGAGCGACAUUGCUGGAAAACCCCAUUACGUAUUCACAUCAGAGCGACAUCCCAUUAUGAACUUAAUAGGAAAAAUCAACUACGCACUGAUGAAAGUAUUACCAUCAGUAGUCUUACUUGGACUUACUUCCAGACUCGUCGUUACCUUAUUAGCUAGAAAAACUCGUCGCGAACGAUUAGCAUCAUCCGUAAGAAUUGGAAGUAACAUGCAAAAUGCCGAAAUGAGGCAACAAACCAAUAGAUCGACAGCGAUAUUAUUGACAAUUGCGGCAUUAUUUUUCAUUGCCGAGUUUCCAAGAGGAAUUCUAUGGUUACUGAAAACGAUUAAUGAGCAUGAUUGGAGAAUAUGUUACUAUUCAUUCAGGCAGAUAUUCAUAACAAUAAUUAAUAUUCAUGUAUCCAUCACAUUUAUUGUAUAUUACACUUUGAGUCAGCAAUUUAGAACCACCUUUAAAUCCUUGUUCAGUCGUAACCAUUGUCGUAACCCACGUACUAUUAUUCCUCAUCAAACAGUGGCGUAGCCAGGAUUUUUUCAAGGAGGGGGCAAAACCAGAUUUUUAGGCAUGAAAAAUCGAAAUCAGGAGUAAUUUUCUGGAAAUCUAUUGUGAUGUGUGGUGAUUUCACAAAAACGAAGGCAAAAUUACUGCUCGAGCGAAGCGAGAGUGACAAUUUUUAGAAAAAAUGGGUCCAAACAACAAAAAAACGUCCAUUUUUGCAUGUUUUUGUAAAGGUAUAUAUAAAAUGUACACCGUAAAGGUAUAGAUUUAAGUGGUCUCACCUAUAGGAAUAUAUCUAGGAAAUAUCACUAGGGUAAAUGUGCCUAAGUUUGCGCACCUAAUUUUCAAACAGCCGCUACUUUUUAUGAAAAGGAGCUAGAAUAUUGAAAUUUGUACAGAAGGUUCUUCAAACAUUUGGCUAUGAUUUGCCCCAGAAAUAAAAUUUUUAAUCGAUUUAGUUUUUGAUAUUUUGACCAAAAACUAAAAAAAGUCAAAUGCGCAAACUUAGGAAUAUGCCUUCCUAAGAUUGCGCAUUCACCUUCCCAAGAUUGUGCACCAGUGAAAAACAUAGAAAUUCGUCAAUAUUGUUUAAUUUAUGAUGAAAGCAAACCAAAUGUCUCACAUGAACGUGGAUUUGAAACUUCUGAGUGAACCGCACUGGAAAUGCGCUCAUUUCUGGAAUUUCCAGAAUUACACCCAUUUCUCCCUAGCUUUUGACAAGGAGUAAACUCGAUAUACGUAUAUAAGGUGUCAUUUCAUUCAAAUAAAUUGAAUUCUUAAUGAAAAUUUCAAAAAGUAUCAUUAUUAGUCUAGAAAAGUAGCAAAAAAUAAAAAUCGCAAUCUUAGGCACAGGGGUGUUUUUUUAAAAAAUUGAAAAAUUGAAACCUAAUUAAAGCAGAAAACACUUGAAAUAUGUGCUUGUUAUAAUCCCCAGACAAUGACGAAUCUAAAAAUAGCUUAUUUAGAUUUCUACUGCCAUUUCCAUAAAAAUUGUCGCGUGCCACAUUUAUUGGAAAAAUUAUUAAAAAUGUUGAAAAAAAAGUUUUUUGCUCGUCAGUUGGCAACACUUGGUGCUACCAUCUCCAAAAAUCGUUAGGUAUGGUCAUUUUGAUUUUUCUUUCAAGUAAAGGCGGUAUCAAAUGUUGUAACUCUUACUGGUUAUGAGAAAUCGUCACUGCGCAAUCUUAGGAAGCGCGCAAACUUAGGCACAUAGCUAAUUCCUGCAAUGAGAAAUCAGCUAAGUAUUACUUAACCGUGCUUAGAUCCUCAGCUCACACCUCAAAUCUACUCCUAACUAACUACUAACCUGCUCGCGGAUCCUUUGAGCUUUACCGCCGAGUAAAUAUUCCACCAAUUAAGGUGUAAUAUCUACGUACUUAACCUGGAGGGUACGAAACCACCUCACGAUACAAACGGAAUGGAUUAUUUCACCAUCCAACCAACACGUUAACCGAUCUUAUUGCAGACAUUGAACCACAAUAAGCACACUUUAGCACAAUACAUUAACCGGGGUACGUAACAAUACGCAAGACACUUGUCGAGACGUUUAACUCUAAAGCGACAUACAUACAUUGACCAUCCUAAAAUAGCUUACGUUACACAAACGCGACGUUUAACUCUAAAGCGACAUACAUUGACCAUGCUAAAAUAGCUUACGUUACACAAACGUGAAAUAAUACAUUAACCGAGAGCUAUGCGUGACCAGCACACAUAAUGCACACAUUACCCUAACAAUGCACCCUGAAGGGUACAUGAGUGUGCCGAAACAGGCAUCAGAGAGAGAAUUAACUCCCAGACAUUAACCGCGAAUAGAGCACUUGCAACUGAACUGGAGAGACUACCGGAGAGACUACUGCACAGAGUAGCUACAGGAACACUACUCACUGUCUGUUCAAACGUAGCCUCGCGCUUCGGCUCGGCUACUGCCACUAAGCCACGCCCUCGGCUUUGCCAGUGGGAGACAGUAAGCAGGGUUACCACUCAAGCGCACCCGUAAAGUACUAGCAUAAACAUGCAAGGCAUAAAGUAUAUCACAUUUUCUUACAAAUUUUCGCUCGCAAGGGGGGGGGGGCAUGGCCCCCUUCGCCCCCCCCCUUGGCUACGCCACUGUCAUCAAACACACGAUACCGAAGAAACAGACUUGGGAUGGAAAACUUCUGAAGUUUAGCAGCAAUCGUACAUUCUACUGAGAAGUUGAGGCGAUUUUUGACAAAGUACAUAUGAAGAGUGAUAUUCCAAAACUCUCUUUGUCCAUUUUUAUCAAAGUUGGGUUUUCAGUGGUACCUGGUAGAUGAAGUAUUAACUCGCAUUCCUACAUCAUCAACCUACCAAAAUGAGGUGUUAAACUCACCUAAAUAGCCAAUUCACUAAAAAUUAAAAAAAAAAUAAUGUUCCAAAACGCGCUUUGUCCAUUUUUAUUGAAAUUUUUUUCAGCAGUAUUUAGUGGAUGAAAUGUAUACCUACACUCCUACAUCAUAAAUCCACCCAAAUAAAGUGCUAAACUCGCCUAAAAAGCCAAUUUACCCGUUUAAAAGGAAACUGUUUUUACUCUCUCCUGAAAAGUUGUGAAAAUGGACAAAGCGAGUUUUGGAAUAUCACUCUUCAUAUAUAAAAAUUAAAUUCAUACAAUUUAAACCUUGGCGCCUUUUACAGCAAACCUGAUCUGGAGUGGUUGGCUAGAAUGAGAACAAAAUAUUCAUAAUUGGUUUCUGUAAUUUAUUUUUUCAUUUUUUACCAAAUUGAGAUGUUAAUUCGUGUUUUUUUAAAAAAUGAUAUUAAGAACUCUGCACAUGAAGUUGAUUUUAAGUGAGUUUUUGGUUGGCAUCACGUCUUUAUGAUUCAGGAAAAAUUCUUUCCGCGAAAUUCGUCGAGUAAAAAAAUUUUUUACGUAAGAUUGUUCCCCAUGUAUUAAGUGAUGUACACUGGAACUGCGGUACCUGAUUACUUGACGUGAUCAAGUCUCCCCUCCCAAAUUCUUCCCCACGAUAUUCAUUACAGGGAAUGUUCCUUCAAAACGAUUUUAUGGAAAUUUAAAAUGAAAACCAAGUACAAGAACAGAUUAUACAUUACAUAUUUCUAUCUUAUUACAAAGAAAUUGAUUUCUAUCUUAUUACAAAGAAAUUGAUUUGAGAAAAAACCCAAAUAGGUAUCUACUUGUACAGAUUAUGGAGUUGACAACAUGACUUGAAAAAAUUGAUAUCAUGCCCUAAUUAUUCAUUAGGGACUUGAUACCUAAUCAUUUGAGGUACAUUUGAUGUUCUUAAAUUCCCUAAGAAUUAAUUUUAAAAAUUCCAUAGGGAUUUCAUUUGAGAAGAAUUUUUCUUCUAUUACCGUUCUAUGCUGUCUCCCAAGUUGGAAAAAUUUAGACGACUCAAAACUACUGAUUUUUUUUUCAAACACUGGAAAAAAUUAAUGGUCAAUGAGAAAAAAUUCACAAACUUUUUCAUUUCAUUCGUAAUUUUUUAUGGCUUUAAAAAUCACAAUUUGCAUUCAACAAUCUUUAUUUGUUUGGCUCGCCUCGGUCCAUUAAGUAUUGUCAAUCUCUUUGCCUAUUUCGGAUAGGAAUCUUGGCACGUAAUUGGGAGGGGCAGGGAAGUAGAAUGUCUUCAAAAUUUGUGACAAUCAUAUUUCAAUCGUUUCUGCACAUAUUAUAGUGUCAAAUCUGGUGGAUACGAUAAUGAGUACCUACGUUACUAUUCAUAAGUAAGUAACUUUAGGGACACAAUUAGAUUAUACAUAUGUAGAUACCUAUGCAGAUUUACCAAGAACUUACACAAUUUUGUUUACA